AAGAGCAAGUCAAAAGGUGGUAAGAGAAAAAAGGAUUUGAACAAGGGUGGAGCAGGAAGUAAGAGAGAUCUCCAACUCAAGGAAGAAGGACAAGAAUAUGGUGUCGUUACUAGAAUGUUGGGUAACGGUAGACUUGAAUGUUAUUGUUAUGACGGAAAGACUAGACUCUGCACCAUCAGAGGUACAAUGAGAAGAAAGGUUUGGAUUAACCAAGGUGAUACUAUUCUUAUUGGCUUGAGAGAAUAUCAAGACGAUAAGGCUGACGUUAUUCACAAAUUCCUUCCUGAUGAAGCCAGAGAAUUGAAAAAGCUCGGUGAAAUCCCUAAAGAUGCUAAAAUUAAUGAAGCCACUGAAGAAAACAUUGGUAUUGAAUUCGUUGGUGAUGACCAAAUGGACUCUGAUGAAGAA